AUGGAUGCUCAGAAUAAGAAUAUUUUUUAUCCGAAAUUUAUUUGUUUUGUUUGUUCAUUUAUAUUACAUGAUCCAGUUCAAUUUAAUACUUGCGGACAUCGACUAUGUCAAUCUUGUUUUGACACUCUUAAAGACAAUGUAAUCAAAUGUCCACAAUGUGGCAUAGAAACACAGCGAGAUCAAAUAAGGCCUGAUCGAGGUUACAAAAAUGACAUGCAAUCUUUAUCUAUCGUCUGUUCUCAUUGUAAUUGGACUGAUGUCUUCAACAAUUAUCAACUAGGAGACGCUCAACGAACAUCUAAUGAAAUGGAUACUGAUAUUCUUCGAACAACUACAGUACUAGACGAUGAUUUUGCUCUAAAUCAAUUGGAUGAAUUCCCAGAAGCUAUUAGUAUGUUUGCAAAUAGUAUUGAAACAUUGAAUAAAGAUGUACAAUGUCUAAAUACUGAAUUACUUGAAUAUCAAAAUAAACUACAACAUUUAAAAGAAAAUGCUUCAAAUGUGAAAUUAGCUAUUGAAGCGGAACGCGUGUCUUACGAAGCAACGAUGUGA